AUGUUAAUCAAUGAUCCAAGUGAUAAUAUUUCUAAUUCAUCUGCCAUUAAUAAAAUUUUAAAUAUAAAAGAAGACGCUGAAAUUAUAAAACAGAAGACAUCAAAGAAAAGUAGAACGAAGAGGAAAUCUAAGAUUUUAAAGAAAGAAGACGACGCCAAAAACAAGUGUAUUGAAGAGGAAAGUAAAACGAAGAGGAAAUCUAAGAUUUUAAAGAAAAAAGACAACGCCAAAAACAAGCAUAUUGAAGAGGACAUCACUGAGAAACAAAAAGUAUUAAAGAUUAAAUUUGAUGAGAUGAUUCAUAAAGAAAUAUUAAAUGAUACUGAAAAAGGAUGA